CCGCUCCCUACGUCAUCUGUCGCAUUCGAGUAAGAUAACAUUCGAUAAAGAAGAAAAGGGCGAUACGGAACAAACGGAACGUUGAUUUAAAAUAUUUCUAGACUCGAACAAAGCAAUAAGAAUAGUGUCUCUUAUUGUAAACAACAGAGUGGCCUUUGUUUGUUCAUAUUCAAACGGAAGAAUAGAAAAUUUCACGUACAAUUCGAUUUUAGCGGAUUCAUUGUUUGUCGCAACCAAAGUAGUGAUUGUCACAUAAAAUGUCGAUGCGAAAACGAACGACAGCUCGUCAGUUUCAAUUAAUGGUGGAUUUUAUGGAGUUACAUCCUAAAUUGAUAUUUGGAAAAUUGGAUACCAACUUCACUGUUAAAGAUCGACAAAGGCUUUGGGAUGAACUAACGACUUUAUUGAAUUCCGAUGAAUUAGGUUCGGCGAGGGAUGCGGAAAAAUGGAGAAAAUCUUGGAAUGAUUUUAAGAAUACCAUAAAACAAAAAUUGGCAACGCUAGCCAAGACUCAGAAUCUAGACAGUAGCUCGACAUAUCUCAGAUUAUCGCCUCUGGAAGAAAAAGUGAUGAGAAUGAUCGGCACGGUAACAAAUGAAGAUCCUUCUUUAAACGGUUAUUCAUAUAUUACUUUAGAUCAGGCAGAAAAGAUGCCUGUUUUGAAUGAAGAAAUGAUAAACCUGGGCAAAAUUGAAGGCAGAAAUAUUCCGGAACAAGUUAUUAGCAUUCCCCUUGCCAGUCGGCCUCAUUCGUCGUUGCAGGCAUCCGCAGUUCAGUACGCAAAUGCAAAAGAAACAGAAGAUCUAAGUAUGGCAAAUGAUAAAGAAUCUUUGCCAUAUACGGCCACGGUUCUUGCAUCGACAGAAUCCUCCAAUGCCCCGAUAUUGCUCACGUUCCAAGGAGCUUCCACGAUCGAAUCUACGACAAAUACCGCUAUGGUUCGUCCGACGUUAUUGCCACAUCAACAGAAAAUAAACUUUACAAGAAAGAAAAAAAAAUUUAAGAAACAUUCUCUGCUCGAAUUUCUGAAAAAUAAUGACAGGAGAAAAAUAACGGCCUUGGAACGCAUAGCCGCUGCCGAAGAAAGAAAGGCGGCGGCGGCCGAAAAGAAAGCCGAAGCCAUGAAAGAAAUCGCAGGCAUUCUGAGUGGCUAUUUAAACAUAUUACCAACGUGAAGUGCAAUUGUGUUUCUAAGGGCAAGAAAUAUUUCAUUGAAUGGAUCUGAAGUGUUAUUCUAUGCAUUUAGGCAAGAAGAAAUCAUUCAAUCUUAUGACAGCCUAAACAAAUACAAGGCAUUGGUGUAAAUGGGUGCAUUUUGAAAACUUUUAAAGGUAACUGCAAUUUAAGUCGAGCAAUGCGUAAGAAUUAUGGGUCUUCUGAUUCCACCGAACAAUUUCUCCAGAAGUACAAUAUCUCUUAUGGAAUACAUACAAAUUCAGAGUAUGAUCGCUCUCCAUCUGGCUAAUUAACACUAUAGUGAUAAAUCUGAUGCACCUUAGUGCACCUUUAAUUUUACCACAUCUCUACUAUUAAACAUUAAAGUGUACUUAAUGCAAACAAUGCCAAUUGCAUUAAAUUGGGAUUUGACUACUACACAUCAGUGCAUUUUUGUUAUUUGCUCAGCAAUCUCUGUUGUGUAUCCUCACUCAGCCCGACAAAUCCGUUCUCUGUGAACAACCACAAAUGUAAAUAAAAAAAUUAAUUUUUAUGUGACAGCAGUUGUCUAUAUUCUUUGUAUGAGCAUAAAAAUAAACAGUUGUUAUAUAUUUAUAUC